AUGCUAGACAAGUCAUUUUUUCUUCCAUUUUUGGUUAUCGCAUUCCUUGUAACAUUGAGCUUACUGAUUGGUUGUUGGAUAUAUUGGUUGUGUGUUACUAUCCACAAGACAUGGAACGUGCGCAACCUCCUGUUGUAUCAACAAGUUAUCUCUCCGGUUCGGGUAGUGGAAGAGACUCUUUUCGGUGUGAAUGAAUUCAACACAAGGAAUCCUAAAGUUGGUGCCGAGAAAGACUUGCCUAAGAGUCAUUGCGCUGAUGCGGUGUCUCAUAAUGUCACUAUUGCUCAGGUUGAUGCAGGAGAUUUUUCGGAUGGUCCGGUAUCUUUUGAUUGUGUUUUCAAAAAUCACGAGUCCGGAAUUCUUAUGGCAACUAGCAAGAAAGAACAUAUGCUCCUGAUUUGGCCGAGAUGCUUGCUAUUAGAUGGUGUCUCAACAUUGCUCUCACCCUCAAGUUGGAAAGGAUUAUCAUACAAUCGGAUGCACAACCAAUAA